AUGUGGAAGCGGGUUCUCUAUGCUGAGACAGAGGAAGCGUUCGAGCAAGCAUGGAGAGAUCUUUGUAAAGAGUUCGAUGAUCAGCGGGCGAUUCUACAAUACCUCUAUUCGAUCUAUCUGCCCGUCAGUGCUCAAUGGGCACGCUGCUUUAUCCGUCACUAUCGUAACUUUGGUAUUCGUGUUACAUCUGGCACAGAAGCAAGCAACAACAAUGUCAAAAGCUAUCUCUUGAACGGCAUGAGCCACCUCUACCGACUCGUCGAGGCAAUGCAAGACAUGAUUCACGACCAAGAACGUAGUUUUAAGGAUGCAUGUGGGCAGGAUGAUGUCCUUACUGCCCCCCAAUACAUGGGUUCAAUGGGGGACUAUCUUGGCGAGCUGCGAACAAUUAUGUCAUCGAAGGGACUGGGGUUAAUCAGUAAGCAAUACCGCAUUGCUCUCAAGUUUAUGCCGACGGGUAAGAACCCUUUUCCUGACUCUAUUGGACCUUGCGACAACGACUGUACGGUUUCUGUUGAGCUCGGCAUUCCCUGCUAUCAUAAAGUCUAUGCAAAGCUAGAUUCCGGAACACCUUUCACGAAAUGGGAGGUCCAUCCACAUUGGAGACUCAGGGAAUCAGCAUCUCGAGACCCAUACCUCCGAAUUCUUGACCCGAAAAUUGCUACUACAUUACGUGGGAGACCAAAGAACACUAUCCAGGCGGUUCCUGAGAGCCUAGCUAUUACGGCAAGCCAUCGGUCUGGCAGUCAGACAAGCAGUCAGAGGCAGGGUCGGCAUCCCCCGAGUCAAUUAAUUAGUCACUCAAAUGGGCGAAGGCGAGGUCGACCACCAGGGAGCCUCAACAAAUCCACCCUUGCCAAGAGAGCAAAAGAUUUGAGUCAAGACACUAUGGCACGAACCAGUAGCCAGACAAGCGUCUCAACCCGGCAACAGAAAAAUAGGCUUCCUGUGGUUCUUGAAGCCGGGAAGUCAUCAGGAAUGCGCUACAGUGGUCGAAGGACGCAACCAAAUGUUCGCAGAACAAGAAGUCAAUGGGAAUUGGCCAAGAGUGGAGAAGACGAUGCAAGUUGUAUUGUGGUUAUACCGUGA